ACCUGUCUCUCUCUCUCUCUCUCUCUCCGCUUUUAUUCGCUCAUCCUUGUCUUCACGCCAAAACAACUAUCAGCCAGAUGAAUAUACACGGCAAAAUAUCGGGUCUGAUCACCGGAGUGUGCGCGUUUGUGUAGGACAAUAUGGCUCUACGCGAUAUUCUUGCAGCAUGGCACCAUCCUUUCAUCGAUGACACGUUCGUGGCUGAACUGACAGUUCUACGUAAAUAGACAGUCAGCCGAAGUGAAUACAACAAAGAUGCGUCCCUUAUAGAGAGGAGGAGGGUCUGGGGUCGCGACGAAUCGAGGUGAUAUUGGUAAACUGCAGUGCAGGAGGGUCCAGUAUAGAGGAGGGGUGACGUUGACCGGAUGCGUGUAGCGGAGGGUGCCGAGUGGCUUUGACCAUGAGCCGGCUGAUGUUGGGCCGGACCCUGGAGCGGAUCUGCAAGGCUGUGCUGUUGCUCUGCCUGGUGCACUUCCUCAUUAUGAUGAUCCUCUACUUCGAUGUCUACAGCCAGCGUUUUGACAUCUUCAGCCGUUUCAACAACGGCCGUGGAGCUAACGGCUCAAGAGGACCCCACCACUACAAUUUCUCUAGGCCCAACACCACGUUUGCCAGCUACGUGGCUACGGCCGACCAUCUUCUGCCCAGUGCCAAGCCAGAUGAAAACCAGACCCCAUCCACCCCUAAGCCAUUGCCACCAUGUCCGGAGAUUCCUCCUGGUCUGGUGGGUCGUCUUCUCAUCGAAUUCAGCUCUCAGAUAACCCUGGAGCGGGUCCAGAGAGAAAACCCUAACGUGACAGAAGGAGGGAAAUACACUCCUCCGGACUGCCGUCCUAAACAGAAAGUGGCCAUCAUCAUCCCAUUUCGGCACAGAGACAACCACCUGAAGUACUGGCUUCACUACCUGCACCCAAUUCUGCGCAGACAGAAGAUCGAAUACGGCAUCUUUAUCAUCAACCAGCUUGGGGAAGAAACGUUUAACCGUGCCAAGCUUCUUAAUGUUGGUUAUACGGAGGCUCUGAAAGAUGGAGAAUACAACUGCUUUAUUUUCAGCGAUGUGGACCUGAUUCCUAUGGACGACCGGAACAUCUACCACUGUUAUGACCAGCCCCGCCAUUUCGCUAUUGCUAUGGACAAAUUCGGCUUCAGGCUGCCGUAUGCUGGCUACUUUGGAGGCGUGUCCGGCCUUAGCAAAAAACAGUUCCUUAAAAUCAACGGCUUCCCAAAUGAGUACUGGGGUUGGGGAGGUGAAGAUGAUGAUAUAUACAACAGAAUCACACUAAAUGGGAUGAAAGUGUCUCGGCCUGACGUGAGAAUCGGCCGCUACAGAAUGAUCAAGCACGAGAGAGACAAACACAAUGAACCAAACCCCCAGAGAUUCACCAAAAUCCAAAACACCAAGAACACGAUGAGGAAAGAUGGAAUCAGCUCGCUGAUGUACAGAGUGGUGUCUGUGAAGAAACACCCACUCUAUACCAACAUAUCUGUAGAGAUUGGCAAGCCCCCUCCUAGACCCUUUAAAGGAUAGAGAGCCGCCGGGUCUUGACCGCGGGUACCUGAAGUUCAGCACACACGCCCGCAAACUCUGCCCAGGGUUAACUUCCUAUAUCACAGCACUGCUAUGCUGAACAGGUUAGUUCUCAGGAAUACAUUGGGCCUUGGAAGCUUAUGGCGGAUUCCUCGACGUAGAUUCGAAUCCGGAUCUGGAUGUCUUGAGCAAAAAGAACAUCAUCGUACGGUAUUCCAGUAGUUGUUUUGUUUCAGACCUUACAGAUACAAGCUAAAGCUCCAAAGCUUUUAAACGGAAGGAUUGUUCAGUUUUGACGAGUGACCUGUGAACAAUGAAAAGCGUGGUCACUUUAUGUAAAUCAGUCAGAACAUACUGUACAUCUCAAAAGCGAAUGUGUCUUUGUACCUACAAAUACUGCAGCGUUUAAAUCUUUUCUUUCUAUCUCAGAUGUUGGUGGACUUUGUGAGGUUGCUCGAUUGGUGCUUGAAGUUGGCUCCUUAGAUUAUCACUCUUUGCUUUCUCUAUGUCCUGUUUUUUAUUUUGUAUCGUCUCCACUUGCGUUUCUCUACUGGGAGAUCGAUCAAAGCAGAAUUUUGAGCAUACUUAACACACGUUUCCAUGAAGGAAAGUCGUUGAGAAGAAGGGUGAACUUGGGUGACAAUUGUGCGAAAGGAUUUGACUGAAUCUUUACAAAGCCCUACAAGCACAUGACUUCCUCGAUUGGGUACGAAUGGAUCGCCGAAGUUGAUACUCUGGCUGCCAUAGAGAGGUGUGAAGAAAAGGCAAGAACUUUUAAUGGAAGAUACAAAAUGACUGACGAUCAAACCUCUGUAUCUUUCAACACCUGCUCAAGAAACAACGUCUACUACAAACAUCAUUUUUAUUAUUGUUUACUUACCGUACGUUUGCUUUGAAGAUUCAUAUUUAGAUGUGUCAUAUUACAAGGCUUCUUGAAAAGGAUGCUAUUGUUGAUCACAUGAUGUUCGAUAGAAAGAACUCACACGCUUUAAAUGAGGAUAAUCUACAAUACAGAGGUAGAGAUAUUUACGUGACGUCUCCAAUAUCAAAUAUAAUUCAUGAAGAUGAACUAUCAGAACUGAAUUGAGAUGCUAAUGUUUGAUUAUUUUUUGGAAGGAUUUGUUCACCCAAAACUGAAAUUCUCUCAUUGUCUGCUCACCCACGUGACGUUUUAAGCCCAUGCGCAGAUGUUUUUGAAGUAUACAAAAGAAAUGUCACGCUGAUUUUUGAUAUAUUUCAAGUCAUAUGACAGCCUUGUGUGAGCAUCAGACAGAAUUUUUAAGAAUGCACUUAUUUAGUAGAGGUCACUUGUAUGCAAAAAAUGUGUAAAAUAUUUGUAUUGUAUUAAACAUAAAAAAAACAGUG